CCCCCGGAUUUCCCCACUUGAUAGCAACCCUCAGGGGGUCUCCUCGGCCGCAUGGAAUGUGUUGUGCCCUUGCUGACGGCCUCGGAGCCGCUGAUGGUGGCACAUCGCUGCGGCGGAGGGGAGGCGCCUGAGAACACGUUGGAGAGUAUCAGGUACUGCUUGAACUUGAAAGUGCCCUUGAUUCAGCUCGAUGUCAUGCACACGAAAGAUGAGAAGGUGGUGCUCUUUCAUGAUGUGCCUGUGGAGCGAAACAUGGAAAAACUCACGGGCGUGACAGGGCAAAUUGGCGACUUCAACUAUUCUGAGCUUCCUGUCUUCAAGGCAGAAUUCCAGCCGAACGCAUUUUGCCCGGAAGAUGCACCUCCUGUGAAGGUGAAUCAUCGGCAGGUGAGCCUGUUUGAGGAUGCGUGCAAACUUCUGGCGGGAAAGAAUGUUGGCAUCAUCUUGGAGUUUUGGCAAGAAUCUGAGUCAUUGGUUCUCCAUGUGGUAGAGAUGCUUCGUCGUCAUGGCCUACUGAAUCAGAUUGCAGCUUGGGGCUCUCCGGAGAAAGUGACCAUUCAAUCCUGGUGCCGCACGGCGUGCCCCGAAAUCCCUGUGUUGAUCACGCUUGCGCAAGCCUUCCGCGUGUGGACAUGUUGGAACUUGGGUUUUCAUUGCAUUGGCUCCCUGGGCCGAUGGCUGCCUUUCUUGGUGCAGGGUCCCAUGGUGUUCAACGUGCCACACAUCAGUGAACCUUGGUAUGGAGCGCUUUGCAAAUUUGCCAAGACGGACUCACAUUCGAGAUCCGUCAAGACUUGUAUCAUUGGAAGCUUGCUUUGCUUGUUGAAAUGCUGGACAGACACGCCCCGUCUAUUUCUGCACCUCGCAACACGCUACAACGUGCCUACUAUUCUUUUCAUUGCGAAUGACAGCACAUCAGUGAAGAAGUGCUGCUCAUACAAAGGUGUGAAUGCUGUCCAGACGGAUUAUCCCAAGAAAUUCAUGCCAAUUUUUCAGCACACAUGAAAAAGC